AUGAGGUGGUGUGUGUUGAUCAUACUCCUGGUAGGGGCUGUGUUCGGUGAGCAAUCUGAACAAGAAGAUAGGAAACAGGGUAAGAGAGGUAUCUUUAACAACGAACGACCUCCUCAGUUCGUCAAGGCGAAUGUUGUGACAGAAGAAUUCCAUUACCCAGUUCCAGUGACCGUCGAAAAACGCGUGCCUUAUCCAGUACAAGUUCCAGUAAAUAGACCAGUACCCGUCGAAGUGCCCAGGCCGUACCCAGUGCAUAUCGAGCAUAGGAUAGCAGUACCGGUAAGAGUACCAUUUCCACAACCGUACCCUAUUUAUAAGAAUAUACCAGUACCUGUUCGCAUACCAGUUGACAACCCCGUACCUGUGAAAGUGACCAAACCGAUACCAUUUUAUGUUGAGAAGCAGGUACCAUAUCCUGUCGAAAAGAAGAUAUACAUCCCAGUCAAGGAGUACGUGGACGUACCACGGCCUGUGAAAAUCCCUGUGCCUGUAGAGAAAAAAGUGCCAUUCUAUGUGGAGAAGAAGUUCCCAGUGAAAGUUGAAGUACCGGUGGACAAGCCUUAUCCAGUUUAUGUCCCCAAACCGUACGCUUUUCCUGUAGAGAAAAAGGUACCGUUUUAUGUUGAAAAGGAUGAACCACCGCCGACAACACACGAGCCGUCGUACCAACAUGAUUCCGAGGAAGAGGAAUAUGAAGAACCUCCCUAUAACGAAGAAGAAGAGUACGACGACGAAGAGUAUGAUAAUUACGAAGACUAA